CCCAUCGAGAUCAUGGCGGCCUCAUCUUCUUCCUAUGCCCAGUCACCGCCACAGCAUCAAGUCUUCAUCAAUUUCCGAGGGAAACAGCUGCGGAACGGCUUUGUCAGCCAUCUGGAGAAGGCCUUGAGGAUGGAUGGAAUCAACGUCUUCAUCGACAGAAACGAAACCAAAGGUAAAGAUCUUAGCACAUUCUUCUCUAGAAUUGAGGAAUCGAGGAUCGCGCUCGCUAUCUUCUCGACCCUGUACACGGAGUCGUAUUGGUGCUUGAACGAGCUUGCGAAGAUUAAGGAGUGCGUUGAUUUAGGCAAACUUGUGGUUAUCCCUAUAUUUUACAAGGUGGAGACGGACGAUGUGAAAAACCUGAAGGGGAUUUUUGGUGACAAUUUUUGGGAAUUGGCUAAGACUUGUAAUGGUGAAAAGCUCGAUAAGUGGAAACAAGCUUUGAAGGAUGUUCCUAAAAAGCUAGGCUUCGCGUUGACCGAGAUGAGCAAUGAAGGUGAAUACAUCAAUCUAAUUGUAGGCCAAGUGAUGAAUGUACUAACUGACAUUUCGACAGAUCAGGAAACAGAAAUCCCCAUUGAUGAUCCUUGUGCAUGUGACGAGGAAACGCCUGAAGCUGCGCCCGACUCGCUACCUCCUCUCUUUGGCAUCAAAACACGUCUUAGGCAAUUGGAAGAGAAGUUAGAUUUUGAGUGCAAAAGUACUCUUACCAUUGGGGUUGUUGGGAUGCCCGGUAUCGGUAAGACUACCCUGACGAGUAUGCUGUAUGAAAAGUGGCAACACGAGUUCCUACGCUGUGUUUUUCUUCAUGAUGUCCGUAAGAUGUGGAAAGACCGCAUGAUGGAUCGGAGCAUUUUCAUGAAAGAGUUGUUGAAGGAUGAUGAUGUGAACCAAGAAGUCGCUGACUUGUCACCUGAAUCUUUGAAGGCACUCCUACUGAGUAAGAAAUCUCUCAUUGUUCUUGAUAAUGUGAGUGACAAGAAACAGAUAGAGGAUCUUCUCGGAGAAUGUGACUGGAUUAAGAGAGGUAGUAGAAUCUUUAUCACGACUAGUGACAGGUCGGUGAUUGAGGGGAUGGUUGAUGAUACAUAUGAGGUUCUGAGAUUGACUGGCAGAGACAGCUUUGAGUACUUUAACUAUUUUGCCUUUAGUGGUAAGCUCUGUACUCCACAAGGAAAUUUCAUGAAUCUUUCUAGAUUGUUUGCGGAUUAUGCCAAAGGCAACCCAUUAGCUCUCAAGAUAUUGGGUAAGGAGCUAAAUGGAAAAGACGAGACUCACUGGGAAGAGAAACUUUGUAAGCUAGCAAAAAGUCCCAAUAAGACGAUACAAGAUGUCUUGCAGAUAAGCUAUGAUGAACUAGGUUCACAUCACAAAGAUGUCUUUCUUGAUAUUGCGUGUUUCUUUAGAUCAGGGGAUGAGUACUACGUGAGGUGUUUAGUGGAGUCCCGUGACACUGAACCCAUUGAUGUUGUGAGUGAAAUAAAGAAUCUUGCCAGUAAAUUCUUGAUAAACAUUUCUGGUGGACGAGUGGAGAUGCAUGAUCUACUAUAUACAUUUGGCAAGGAACUUGGUUCACAAGGGUCAUGUAGGCUGUGGAACCAUAAAUGUAUUGUUGGUGCUCUGAAGAAGAGACUGGGAGCAGACAGAGUGAGAGGUAUUUUUCUCGACAUGACUGAACUGAAGAAGAAACUUCCUUUGGACAGAAGUACCUUCAUCAAGAUGUGCAAUCUUAGAUACCUCAAAUUCUAUAGUUCUCGUUGUGAUCGGGAAUGUGAAGCUGAUUGUAAAUUAAACUUCCCUGAGGGGCUUGAUUUUCCUUUGUAUAAGAUACGAUAUCUCCAUUGGCUGAAAUUCCCUAUGAAGAAACUUCCAAAAGACUUCAACCCGAAGAAUCUUACCGACUUAAACCUGCCUUACAGCGAGAUUGAAGAGGUCUGGGAGGGAGUUAAGGAUACACCAAAGUUAAAGUGGGUUGAUCUUAGCCACUCAAGAAAGUUAUGCAAUCUUUCAGGGUUGCUAAAUGCUGAAAGUCUCCAAAGAUUAAAUCUUGAGGGCUGCACGGGGUUGGAGGAGUUGCCUCGUGAGAUGAAAGGUAUGAAAAGCCUUAUUUUUCUUAACAUGAGAGGAUGCACGAGUCUCCGAGUUCUUCCACAUAUGAAUCUGAUUUCUAUGAAAACUCUCAUCCUCACCAACUGCUCAAGCCUUCAGAGGUUCCACGUUAUUUCAGAUAACCUAGAAAAUCUACACUUAGAUGGGACUGCGAUUGGUCAACUUCCAACCGACAUGGUGAAGCUCCAGAAACUGAUUGUAUUAAACGUGAAAGACUGCAAAAUGUUGGGGGCAGUUCCAGAAUGCCUAGGGAAGUUGAAAGCUUUGCAAGAACUGGUGCUAUCUGGUUGUUCAAAGCUCAAGACUUUUGCAGUUCCUAUUGAAGACAUGAAACGUUUGCAGAUAUUAUUGCUCGACGGGACAGCAGUUAAAGAAAUGCCAAAGAUAUUGCGGUUUAAUAGCUCAAAAGUGGAAGAUCUACGCAAAUUAAGACGUGGUAUGAACGACCUAUCCCCAUUGCGACGUUUAUGCUUAAGUAAGAACGAUAUGAUCAGCACUCUGCAAGUUGACAUCAGUCAACUUGAUCAUCUGAAAUGGCUUGACCUGAAGUAUUGUAAGAAUCUCACAUCAAUUCCAUUGCUUCCACCAAAUCUAGAGAUCUUAGAUGCUCAUGGCUGUGACAAACUGAAAACAGUUGCGUCUCCCUUAGCCCUUUUAAAGCUUAUGGAGAAGGUUCACUCGAAAUUCAUUUUCACCAACUGCAACAAUCUGGAACAAGUUGCAAAGAAUAGCAUCACAUCGUAUGCUCAAAGGAAAAGUCAGCAAGAGGCACGUCGAUGCUAUGAAGAGGGAACUGUUUCAGAAGCUUUGUUCAUCACUUGCUUUCCAGGAAGUGAAGUACCUUCGUGGUUCAACCAUCGGAAACUUGGAUGCGCAUUAAAGUUGAAAUUUCCGCCACAUUGGUGUGACAACAGGCUUUCAACAAUAGCUCUAUGCGCUGUUGUCACAUUCCCUAACACUCAAGAUGAAAUUGACCGCUUCUCAAUAGAGUGCACUUGUGAGUUCAAAAACGAGCUUGGGACAUGUAUACGUUUCACUUGUAUUCUUGGUGGAGGUUGGAUCGAACCACGCAAGAUUGAUUCGGACCAUGUGUUUAUCGGUUACACCAGUUGCUCACACAUAACAGAACAUUUGGAAGGGUCAUUGAAGUCGCAAGAAAAUCAUAAAUGUGUUCCUACUGAGGCUUCAAUCGUAUUUGAAGUGAGAGAUGGAGCAGGGGAGAUUGUGAAUUGUGGUUUAAGUUUGGUGUACGAGGAACCAAACCAUGUCCUUGUUGAAGGGAACUGUAAUGGAAGUGAUAUCUCAGCUGGAAAUAGUAUGGUGAGCUUUGCUGCUGGGUAUUUGUCCGAUGCUUUUAGGUUUAUGUGGCUAGGUGUUAUAUUCUUUAUGGUUUAUGGGUUAGCUAGAUUUUUUGUAAGAUAAUUUUUUUUGUCAUCACAAACUUACUUGUUUGUGUUAUAUAUAGCAAAUAAAGAUUUGUAUAGUGAAAUUUGUUACUGACCGGAAAUAAUCCAGGAGUUUAUGGUCUU